GUGGAAGAGGCCUGCUUGUGUGUGUAAGGGGGCUGGGCAGACCGGCUGAGAGGCCUGAGGCCCCUCCGCCUGGAGAGGGACUGGCCCGGGCUCUCCGGCAGCAGCGGCUGAGGACGUGGGCCAGUGAUGGGCGUGGGCGCGGCGGGUCAGCGGGAAGGUGCUGGGCCCUGGAGGUCAGGCUGGAGGGGCGCCUGGACCGCCCUCUGCCUCCUCGUCCAGAAAGAGGACCACGCACUGCGCCGCUCCUCGGAUUACAGAGUCGGGCUGCGGGAGGGAAGGCCGGGCGGGACGGAGGGUGGGCGCUGGCGGCUGGACGGAGCGGGGCGGAGCGGGGCGGAGGGCCUGGGCGUCCCUCCCCCGGUCCUCUCAGGUGACAGACCGCAGGCCCCCGCCCCGCCCCGCCGCAUAUUCAGGGGGCCGGGCCCGCUGCGUCCCAGAGCCGCCAGCGCCGCGCGGAGCCUCAGCCGUCGGUGCGGCGUGGACCCGGCCCUUUCCUCCUCCGCCCGCCGCCGCCAUGGCCGCCGCGGCCGCCCCCCGCAGCCUCCUCGUCCUGCUCCAGGUGCUCGGGCUCGCCCUAGCGCAGAUCAGAGGUCCGCCAGGAGAGCGAGGUCCCCCGGGCCCCCCGGGGCCGCCGGGAAUGCCAGGAUCGGACGGCAUCGACGGUGACAAGGGGCCCCCUGGGAAAGCUGGCCCUCCGGGACCUAAGGGAGAGCCUGGCAAAGCGGGGCCCGACGGGCCGGAUGGGAAGCCGGGGAUUGACGGUCUCACUGGAGCCAAGGGGGAACCUGGCCCUGUUGGCAUCCCUGGAGUCAAGGGCCAGCCCGGGCUCCCAGGUCCGCCUGGCCUGCCGGGCCCUGGCUUCGCUGGACCUCCUGGCCCACCUGGACCUGUUGGCCUCCCUGGUGAGAUUGGAAUCACCGGCCCCAAGGGGGAUUCUGGACCAGAGGGACCAUCAGGGCCCCCGGGACCCCCUGGGAAACCGGGCCGCCCCGGAACCAUCCAGGGCCUGGAAGGCAGCGCGGAUUUCCUGUGUCCAACCAACUGUCCAGCGGGUGUGAAAGGCCCCCAGGGGCUGCAGGGAGUGAAGGGGCAUCCUGGGAAACGCGGGGUUCUGGGAGAUCCCGGCCGCCUUGGGAAGCCGGGUCCCAAAGGAGAUGUAGGUGCUUCCGGAGAGCAAGGCAUCCCUGGACCACCGGGUCCCCAGGGUGCCAGGGGCUACCCAGGCAUGGCGGGGCCCAAAGGAGAGACGGGUCCUCGUGGGUACAAAGGCAUGGUGGGCUCUGUUGGCACCGCUGGGUCUCCGGGUGAGGAAGGUCCUCGAGGGCCACCAGGCCGAGCUGGCGAGAAAGGCGACGUGGGAAGCCAAGGUGUUCGAGGACCCCAGGGAAUAACAGGCCCAAAGGGAGCAGCUGGUCCCCCAGGCAUCGACGGCAAGGACGGGACCCCAGGCACACCUGGCAUGAAGGGCAGUGCAGGACUGGCGGGGCGGCCAGGAAACCCAGGCCACCAGGGCCCAGCGGGUGUGCCAGGCCAGCCCGGGACCAAAGGAGGCCCAGGAGACAAGGGUGAGCCAGGCCAGCAGGGCCUCCCUGGAGUCUCUGGUCCCCCUGGGAAGGAGGGAGAGCCCGGGCCUCGAGGAGAAAUCGGUCCCCAGGGCAUCAUGGGGCAGAAGGGUGACCAGGGUGAGAGGGGGCCCGUGGGGCAGCCAGGCCCUCAAGGACGGCAGGGCCCCAAGGGGGAGCAGGGGCCUUCGGGAAUUCCAGGACCGCAAGGCCUGCCCGGCAUCAAGGGAGACAAGGGCUCCCCAGGGAAGACCGGGCCCCGCGGCGGAGUGGGCGACCCGGGAGUGGCCGGCCUCCCCGGCGAGAAAGGCGAGAAGGGCGAGUCUGGCGAGCCGGGGCCCAAGGGACAGCAAGGCGUCCGCGGAGAACCCGGCUACCGCGGCCCCAGCGGGGAUGCGGGCGCCCCCGGGGUGCAAGGCUACCCCGGACUCCCCGGCCCCCGAGGACUGGCUGGAAACCGCGGCGUGCCCGGGCUGCCCGGGAGACAGGGCGUGGCGGGCCGAGAUGCCAGCGACCAGCACAUCGUGGACGUGGUGCUGAAGAUGCUGCAAGAGCAACUGGCAGAGGUGGCUGUGAGUGCCAAGAGGGAAGCCCUGGGUGCAACCGGCAUGAUGGGUCUCCCAGGACCCCCUGGGCCUCCUGGUUACCCAGGCAAACAGGGACCUCAUGGGCAUCCUGGCCCUCGGGGCGUUCCUGGCAUCGUGGGAGCCGUGGGUCAGAUUGGCAACACAGGGCCCAAGGGAAAACGAGGAGAGAAGGGUGACCGGGGGGACAUGGGACGUGGGCACCCCGGGAUGCCUGGGCCCCCAGGGAUCCCAGGACUCCCUGGCCGGCCUGGCCAGGCAAUCAAUGGCAAAGAUGGAGACCGAGGGUCCCCAGGAGCCCCGGGAGAGGCAGGCCGGCCUGGCCUGCCAGGCCCUGUGGGGCUGCCAGGUUUCUGUGAGCCUGCAGCCUGCCUUGGAGCCUCAGCCUACGCCUCUGCACGCCUCACAGAGCCUGGAUCCAUCAAGGGCCCAUGAGCAGCAGGCCAGGACAGAGUCCAGCAGGCAUCCCGGGGGGAAGGAAUAGGUCCCCUCUGGAUAGACAUGCAACCCAUCCCUCAGCCCAGGAAACGAGCCUUCCUAGGACCUCUCUCUGGGACCCAGGAAGGAGUCUUGAGGAAAAGAAAAUUCUAAAACAUGAGGGAAGGGGAGGGCAUUGGAGUGAAAAGGUGAGGCCAAAGGACAGGGCAAGUGUCCCUGGAGAGUCCAAGCUCCACAGAGGAUGGGGUGGCUUCCCUUCCUGGAGCAUAAUUCAGAUGUUACCAAAACAAGCAUCUCCUUAAUUUGCGCCAUCCUCCGCUGGCCAUCUUGUCCCUGGGGCAGGUGAACUGAGGUCUCCGCUGGUUCCUGACCCAUUUUACCCCCUGGGCUUCCUGGGUGACUGCCGACAGGUGGCCAUCCUUAAGCCAUCCCUACUCAUUCCUCCCUGCCUCCCUCCUGAGUAUUUAAACACCCCCCCCCCCUUCUUUCUGGCAUCACCGUCUCCCAUCCUCCCUCCCCUAGGUCCAUACAGGCCUUUCUGUAAAUAAAAGCCCACAACUUGGGUACA